AUGGCGCUCCUACGACAACAAGAAACACUUUCUCUAGCAAAGAAUCAAGAACCAUCUCAAGAUUUCAUUUUCCGAUCCAAACUUCCUGAUAUCUCCAUCCCUAACCACCUUUCUCUCACCGAUUACCUCUUCCAGAAAUUCUCCGGCGACGGAGGCGGCGAUUCCACCGCCACAUGUCUCAUCGACGGUGCCACAGGACGUAUUUUCACCUACGCCGACGUACAAAUCACUUUAAGGAGUAUCGCUGCAGGACUCUACCGGCUCGGGAUCCGCCAUGGUGACACUGUCAUGCUCCUUCUCCCAAACUCGCCGGAGUUUGCUCUAUCUUUGCUCGGUGCAGCUUACCUCGGGGCCAUAUCUACACCCGCGAAUCCUUUAUUCACCCAACCGGAGAUCGCAAAACAGGCACAAGCCUCCGGCGCGAAGAUGAUCAUUACAAAGCCAUGUUACGUCGAUAAGCUAACAAACCUUGAAAACGUUUUGAUUGUUUGCGUACACGACGGAGACGACGACGUUCCGUUACCUGACGGUUGCGUGAGUUUCACGGAACUGACGCAAGCUGACGAGACAGAGCUUCCUAAACCGGAGAUCUCGCCGGACGAUACGGUGUUGAUGCCGUACUCCUCCGGGACCACCGGACUUCCAAAGGGAGUCAUGAUUAGUCACAAGGGAGUAGUUGCGAGCACUGCUCAGAAAGUCGACGGAGAAAACCCUCAUCUCAACUUCACCGGAGAUGACGUCAUGAUAUGUUUUCUCCCAAUGUUCCACACUUACGCGCACAACUUGCUGAUGCUUUCCGCGAUGAGGGCCGGUGCGGCGUUCUUAAUCCUGCCUAGGUUCGAGUUGAAUAUGGUGAUGGAGAUGAUUCAGAAGUAUAAGGUCACGGUGGUUCCGAUGGCCCCACCGGUGGUUCUAGCGUUCGUUAACUCGCAGGAGACGGAGAGAUACGACCUGAGCUCGGUGAGGAUGAUGUUUUCAGGCUCAGGUGCAUUGACGAAGGAGCUUGAAGACGCAGUGCGUCUCAAGCUUCCCAAUGCCAUAUUUGGUCAGAGUUAUGGAAUGACUGAAAUGGGAACAGUGGCUAAGUCGUUGGCAUUUGCAAAGAACCCGUUCAAAAUCAAGUCUGGUUCGUGUGGGACUGUGAUCAGGAACGCCGAGAUGAAAGUGGUCGAUACCAUUACUGGAGUCUCCUUACCACACAACAAGCCAGGCGAAAUCUGCAUCCGUGGCGAUCAACUUAUGAAGGGUUAUUUGAAUGAUCCGCAAGCUACUGCACAAACCAUAGAUAAAGACGGGUGGCUACAUACAGGAGAUAUUGGGUUUGUGGAUGACGAUGAUGAGAUCUUCAUUGUUGAUCGUUUGAAGGAACUAAUCAAAUUCAAAGGCUAUCAAGUGGCUCCAGCUGAGCUUGAAGCAUUGCUUAUUUCUCAUCCUUUUAUUGAGGAUGUUGCUGUUGUCGCAAUGAAGGAUGAAAUAGCUGGUGAGGUUCCGGUAGUGUUUGUGGUUAGAUCAGAAGGGUCUCAGCUAACUGAAGAUGAUGUCACGAGUUGUAUCAACAAACAGGUGGUUCACUACAAGCGAAUUAAGAUGGUGUUCUUCACUGACUCCAUUCCUAAAGCUCCAUCCGGGAAAAUAUUGAGGAAAGAUCUAAGGGCAAGAUUAGCUAAUGGAUUGAUGAACAAAAGUUAAAUAAUCUUAUCUGAUACAAAAACAAAUAAUGUGUUCAUGAACAAAGGAAUAAACAAGGGUUCUUUCGAGUUUUAUUUCUUUAAAU